UUACGAAGAAGAAUUGUGAUUGGAACAGUUAUCUUUAUUGGCAUUCGCAAUUAACGACAACAGCAUCAAUAUUUUUUAUUGCUUGAAAAAACAUGUCGAAAGAAAAGGAAAGAGAAACUCAUGUCUACACGGCCAAGCUCGCGGAACAAGCUGAACGUUAUGAUGAAAUGGUUGAGAGUAUGAAGAAAGUUGCAAAACUCGAUGCUGAAUUGACAGUGGAGGAAAGGAACUUGCUUUCUGUGGGUUACAAGAAUGUUAUUGGAGCUCGAAGGGCUUCUUGGCGUAUUAUGUCCUCCAUUGAGCAGAAAGAAGAGUCGAAAGGAAACGAGAACAAUUUGAAGUUAAUUAAGGGAUAUAGGCAGAAAGUAGAAGAGGAGCUGUCCAAGAUUUGUCAUGAUAUUCUAGAAAUCAUAGACAAACAUCUAAUUCCAUCUUCUGGCACUGGAGAAGCUACUGUCUUUUAUUACAAAAUGAAAGGUGAUUAUUAUCGUUACCUUGCUGAGUUCAAGACUGAUCAGGAAAGGAAAGAGGCUGCUGAACAGUCAUUGAAGGGCUAUGAGGCUGCUACGGCCACUGCAAACUCUGAUCUGCCUUCAACACAUCCGAUCAGGCUUGGUCUUGCAUUGAACUUCUCCGUAUUCUACUAUGAGAUCAUGAACUCACCUGAAAGGGCAUGUCACUUGGCUAAACAAGCUUUCGAUGAGGCAAUAGCAGAAUUGGACACUUUAAGUGAAGAGUCAUACAAGGACAGUACCUUAAUCAUGCAGCUGUUGAGAGACAACCUCACACUGUGGACCUCUGAUUUGCCCGAAGAUGGAGCUGAAGAGAAUUCGAAAGCUGAUGAGCCGAAAGCAGCAGAACCUCCUCAAAAAGCAGCAGAACCACCUCAAAAAACAGAAGAUCCGCCUCAAAAUUAAUGGAGGCACAAGGGACAGUAUGCUUGAGAAAUUUCUGCCCUUUCCCUCAGCUGUCUUUGAGACUAUAGAGCGUGCAUGAUUUUGCAAUGCCCCUAUCAGAAGAAGAUGCACUUCUUAAUUUGGUCGCGACUUCCCAUUUUUUUCCCUUUAUUUAUCUUCUUUGGUGGAAAAGUGUUACUCAAUAUGAUCUUUUUUCAAAUGAGUCUUCAAACUUUUGUUAAAUCCUUGAUUCUGUUCAGGAAAAAAGGAGGAUUUGCUGAAAGGUAUUGAUCCAAUCCCUCCAUAUUUUAACUUAUUGUAAUUGAACAAAGUUGUGAUAAUGAAAAGCCUAUGCAAAAACAUUUCUGUUAA